UAACUCCUUACAUUCGCACAAUCUUUAUCAAAAUCAAAUAAAGAACCCCCACACAGCAAGUUAAACAACAUCUCCUACAUAUACUUUCUUAUAUUAUUAUUAACUGUCCAUGAUGACAACUUCUCUCUCUAUAAGACCUUCUCUCUCCUGUAAUUCUCCUAACUGCUCUUCUUCCUCUUCUUCAUUUUCUCUCUCCUGCUAUUUUCCCUCUCAUACACCAAAACCUAUUUGCUGGAAUCUCUCCAAGACUAGAUCUUUGGCAUCUAAGGUGCUAAAUUCGAAAAGGGUUUUUCAUAGUUUUAAAGUUAAACCCUGCAAAAUGGCCAUUAGUGAGCUGAGUCAGAGUGAAGAAGAAGAGAUACCUAUUCUUGAAGACGCUGAAACUUCUAGACCUCGUCGGAUUGCUCUUUUUGUUGAGCCAUCUCCUUUUGCUUAUGUUUCUGGAUAUAAAAAUAGGUUUCAGAAUUUUAUUAAAUACCUACGCGAAAUGGGUGAUGAGGUGAUGGUUGUAACAACGCAUGAAGGAGUGCCAGAGGAGUUCUAUGGUGCAAAAUUAAUUGGAUCUCGAAGCUUUCCCUGCCCAUGGUAUCAGAAGGUGCCUCUCUCUCUAGCCCUGAGUCCCAGAAUAAUCUCAGAGGUUGCAGCAUUUAAGCCUGAUAUCAUACAUGCAUCAUCUCCUGGAAUCAUGGUAUUUGGUGCGCUUGCCAUUGCAAAAAUGUUGUCCGUUCCAAUAGUGAUGUCAUAUCAUACUCAUGUCCCUGUGUAUAUACCAAGGUACACUUUUAGUUGGUUAGUGAAACCAAUGUGGCUCGUCAUAAAGUUCCUCCACCAAGCAGCUGACCUCACUCUUGUACCUUCAGCUGCUAUUGCAAAGGAUCUCUUGGCAGCAAAGGUAGCUGCAGAAAAUCAGAUUCGUCUUUGGAAUAAAGGAGUAGACUCUGAAAGCUUCCACCCUCGCUUCCGUUCCUUGGAGAUGAGAUCGAGGCUCAGUAAUGGAGAUCCUGACAGACCACUCAUUGUACAUGUUGGCCGCUUAGGUGUUGAAAAGAGUUUGGAUUUCCUUAAAAGGGUUAUGGAUGAACUACCAGAGGCGAGGAUUGCUUUUAUUGGUGACGGCCCUUAUAGGGAGGAGCUGGAGAAAAUAUUUGAAGGUAUGCCGGCUGUAUUCACAGGGAUGUUACAGGGUGAAGAGCUCUCUCAGGCAUAUGCCAGUGCUGAUGUUUUUGUGAUGCCCUCGGAAUCUGAGACUCUUGGCCUUGUGGUGUUGGAAGCCAUGUCAUCUGGGAUUCCUGUUGUGGCUGUUCGUGCUGGAGGAAUCCCUGAUAUUGUACCAGAGGAUCAAGAGGGAAAAACUGGAUUUCUUUACAGUCCUGGGGAUCUUGGUGACUGCCUCAGCAAAUUGAGGCCUCUAUUGCAUGAUUCUGAAUUGCGGGAGACUAUUGGAAAAGCUGCUCGCCAAGAGAUGGAGAAGUAUGAUUGGAGGGCUGCUACGAAGGUAAUUCGCAAUGAGCAAUAUAAUGCAGCUAUUUGGUUCUGGCGGAAGAAGCGGACACAGCUGCUGAGACCUGUCCAGUGGCUGGUUAAUUUCUUUGUCAAAUCACCUGAAGUAAGUUACAGAUGACGCAGAUAAUUACCAUUGGCUUUUUGUGGUUAAUAUGGAUUAUGAUUGUUUAUAAGCUUGUUUAGGGGUCUUGAACUCAAGACCUUACAUUUGAUUUUCUUAUUCGUGAUUGGAAAUAGCCUUUUUGUUGUACAUUAUAGACCAUAAAAGGAUAUUUUCCCUGAAUUCAGUAAUAUUGAAUUGGAUGUUA